AUGGUUCCACCUACCGCUGUUGAAUCUUCUUUGAACUUUACUGAUCACCCAACGAUCCAGACUACUGAGGACCCAUUGGUCCAGCAGUUGUCUCUUAAAGACGAUGUCACCAUUAGACACAACGCUCCUCCACCAACUUUGUACGAGGAUGGUCUUUUGGAGAAGGGUACUACCAUUUCUUCCACCGGUGCCUUGAUGGCUUACUCUGGUAAGAAGACUGGUAGAUCUCCAAAGGAUAAGAGAAUUGUCGACGAGGAGACCUCUUCCCAGAACAUUUGGUGGGGUCCUGUCAACAAGCAGGUUGACGAGUUGACCUGGAAGAUUUCCAGAUCCAGAGCUUUGGACUACUUGAGAACCAGAGAGAAGUUGUUCGUUGUUGACGCUUACGCUGGUUGGGACCCUCGUUACAGAAUCAAGGUUAGAAUUAUCUGUGCCAGAGCUUACCACGCUUUGUUCAUGACCAACAUGUUGAUCAGACCAACUGACGAGGAGCUCGAGAACUUUGGUGAGCCAGACUUCACCAUCUACAAUGCUGGUCAGUUCCCAGCUAACACUUACACCAAGGGUAUGACCUCUUCUACCUCUGUUGAGAUCAACUUCAAGGAUAUGGAGAUGGUUAUCUUGGGUACUGAGUACGCUGGUGAGAUGAAGAAGGGUAUCUUCACUGUCAUGUUCUACUUGAUGCCUAUCAAGCACAAGGUUUUGACUUUGCACUCUUCUGCUAACCAGGGUAACGAAAAGGGUGAUGUCACCUUGUUCUUUGGUUUGUCCGGUACCGGUAAGACCACCUUGUCUGCUGAUCCAAACAGAAAGUUGAUUGGUGACGAUGAGCACUGUUGGUCUGACAACGGUGUGUUCAACAUUGAAGGUGGUUGUUACGCCAAGUGUUUGGACUUGUCCCAGGAGAAGGAGCCAGAGAUUUUCAACUCUAUCAAGUUUGGUUCCAUCUUGGAGAAUGUUGUCUACAACCCAGAGACCAAGAUUGUUGACUACAACGACUCUUCCAUCACGGAAAACACUAGAUGUGCAUACCCAAUUGACUUUAUCCCAUCGGCCAAGAUUCCAUGUUUGGCUGACACACACCCAACCAACAUCAUCUUGUUGACCUGUGACGCCUCUGGUGUUUUGCCACCAGUGUCUAAGUUGACCAACUCCCAGGUGAUGUACCACUUUAUUUCUGGUUACACCUCCAAGAUGGCUGGUACUGAGGAGGGUGUCACUGAGCCACAGGCUACCUUCUCUGCUUGUUUCGGUCAACCAUUCUUGGUGUUGCACCCAAUGAAGUACGCUCAGCAAUUGUCUGACAAGAUUUCUCAGCACAAUGCCAACGCUUGGUUGCUUAAUACCGGUUGGGCUGGUGCUUCUGCCGCUAGAGGUGGUAAGAGAUGUCCAUUGAAGUACACUAGAGCCAUUUUGGACUCCAUCCACAACGGUGCUUUGAGCCAGGUUGAGUACGAGGAGUUCCCAGUGUUCAACUUGAACGUUCCAAAGAGCUGUCCAGGUGUUCCAGCUGAGCUUCUUAAUCCUAUCAACGCUUGGUCCGAGGGUGAGGCUUCCUUCAAGAAGGAGAUCAACUCCUUGGCUGGUAAGUUCGUUGACAACUUCAAGAAGUACGCUGACCAGGCCACCUCUGAGGUGCAGGCUGCUGGCCCAACUGUCUAA